AUGAAGAGCUUAGGGUUAUACAUUGCAGUGUUUGUUGCAUACUUUUGGUCAGGGAUCUCAGCGUUCGCACCACCCACCUUCAAAGAGAUCCCUCCAUCCGUCACCGCCGGCGAGGCACGUGGUGUUUGGACAUCAAACAGUCGCCUCCCAUUCGACGGGCCGAAAAUAGACAUCGUCAAUCAGACAAGUUUUGAUUGGUGGUACUUUGAUGCCGUCUCUUCCGACGGCUCAUCACAUGUUGUUGUCAAUUUCUACACGUCCGACAUCUCGACUCUUGGGUUUCCACCUCUGCUUAACACCACCACAUUUGUCCAGUUCACAACAAAAUUCAAGAAUGGGUCUAUUUACGAGCAAGUUUUCCCCGCUAAUGGCGCAUCUAUUGCAACAAAGGGCGAUGGUUCCAGUGGACGUUUCGAGGGAUCUGGUGCGACCUGGGUUGGGAGUCCAAGCAUGUCCCAGUACACUGUAAACUUGGACGUCCCAGCCCUUGGGAUAAAGGGGCACAUCAAGCUUCGCAAGAAUGUGCAAUCCCACUAUCCCUGCGAUCUGGCUGCAUCUGGUAUUUCGCAGCAGCUGCCUGGUCUCGAAAAUAUCGGAUGGGCCAACGCUGUGCCAGACUCCGAAGCAAGAGUUGACAUCAGAAUCGGUGACUACCACGUAAAGUUUGGUGGUUAUGGCUACCAUGAUAAGAACUGGGGGACCCGCCCUCUCCCAAGUGCUGUAUAUAGUUGGUACUGGGGACACGCACACAUAGGGCCCUAUUCAGUGGUAUACUUUGACAUUGUCAACGCUGAUCUUUCGGAACAUGUUUGUGGCUACCUUGCCAAAGGUGAACAGAUAAUCUCCAAAACAUGCACCAAAAACGUCACCGCUCGUCCGACCGGGGGCAAUGCAACAUUCCCUCCUACUGCCGCAUCAGAUGUGGCAACAGGCUUCCACUUAGACUUCUCAACUGGCGCUGGGAAGUUUACGGCUGAUCUCGCAGGGGCGGUGGUGUGGGUGCCUCAACUACCCUACGGAGGCUAUACUCGUUGGGCUGGAAAGGCCACUGGAGGGUUUGAAGGCAAAAAGUUGUACACGGGUGCAGCAGUUUAUGAGUGGAUCCGGUUCAUGGAUUGAGAGAUAAAGUCAUGGACUGCUGCCAGAUUAGGAGGGUCGGAUACUUACCGUAAGGGGACAUUUCAGCCCCAUCGAUGAUGCUCUAUCUGAGGAACAAGCCUUGAGAAUUAUCCUUAAGAACC